UGGCACUUUCCAUUUACUAAAACAACCAUCCUACAAGCAACAAUCACUAACACCAUGACCGAAAACACAUUCGGAAGCACUAUGAAGUCUGCGAUCAUCACUGCCUGGGGUGAAGCGCCAAAGUACAUUCAAACACCGAUACCUGCGCUCGAACCAGAUGAGGUUGCAGUCAAAGUCAUAGCCUCGGGCCUUCACUUCGUGGUCCGCUCUCUUGCCAGUGGCAAUCACUAUGUCUCUGGAGCUCUGCCAUACACUCCUGGUGUGGAUGGUGUAGGCCGUCGUCUUACCGACAACAAGAUGGUCUACUUUAUCAGUUUUCCGGGUGGUGGUUUCCAAGAAAUCAUCAAUGUUUCGAAAAGAAAGAUGGUAGAGUUGCCUGAUGGUGUGGAUCCAUUACAAGUUGCCGGCUAUGCAAACCCUGUCCUGUCCAGCUGGAUGGCAUUGACCACAAGAACAACGGAUCUACCCAAGGGCUUUACCGUGCUCGUCAUGGGUGCCACCAGCGCCAGUGGUAGAGUCGCUGUCGAUGUUGCGAGACUCCUAGGCGCUGGCAAAGUGAUCGGCAUGUCGCGCGAUAUUGCGACCCUGUCAGCAGUUGGUGUUGACGAGAUGAUCGUUCUCGACAAGACCAUUUCAGACACCGACUGCAGCGCUGCAGCCGAAGUAGACGUCAUUCUCGACUACCUCUACGGUCCUGUUGCACAACAUGUGCUCACCACGGUCAAUUUCACCCGCGCUGUUCAAUAUGUCCACGUCGGAGGUCUUGCAGGAACGGAGAUGAUAUUGCCAGGUGGCGUCCUGAGAUCAAAGAAUCUCACUAUACGAGGAGCCGGACCUGGCAGUUGGUCCCGGGAAGCGAUGCGACCAGAGAUACCCAAAAUCUUGAACGCUUUCAAGAGCUUCGAGCCACAGAAAGUCAAGGUUGUGUCUUUGAGCGAAAUCGAAGAGCACUGGCAUGACAAGGACGAGCGCAUCGUUUUCACACCUUGAGUAGUUAUUAUAUUAUCGAAGUCUUUCUCGACUUAUCACAACACGGCUGCACACUUAGGUUGACAGUAGAGGACUUCCCUCGAAAGGUCCUAUAAACAAUCAAUCAGCAAGAACUUCCUCCCUAUCCGCAAAGUACUGUCACAUUUGUAGCUGUCUUGAGGCAGAGACCUGUUCGGAUCUUGAGCAAUGGCCGCUGAGAUACAUCUUGUUGAUAAAUCCCUGUGUCAAGUCUUUCAAUAUAAGAUAUAACUAUGCAUUGCUUCUGCUCAUUGUCACUCUGCCCUGAUUAUCUGAAGUGGGUAGGUGUGACAGAGUGUAGCACAUGGGGAGGUUCUGUAUAGCGAACAGUCCAACAUGAUUUUGCUUCACGGGAUGAAGCCCAAGAGAAAUGUUUACUUGCCUUUGCGGGCCGACUCGCGGUAUCUUCCAAUCCACUCCGGCUUUCCGAACAAGACAUAGAAUCUC